UUGACCAGGCGACACCUUCACCCUCUAACCGAACAAGCCCCAGCUGUCGUAGGAGACAAGAAGAAGUGGUGGGAGCUGCCAAGUGUCCCCCCAUUGCUAUACAGUUUCUUCAACAUUGACAUUUCCAUCCACUAACCUCCAACAGAUUGGAGUAAGCUGUCGCUUCGGCGUUCGCGUUUCUUUUCACACCACAACUCCUGUGUUUUUCACAAAAAACCUGGACUCUUUUAAAUUCUCGUGCUGUCCUCAUAUUACCUAGUAUCUAAAUGUGGCACUCAUCCAUCAUCAUUCAAGACACCAUCCGGGGAAGUGAAUAAGUUUUGUGCUCCGAAAAAUUCACCGAGUCUCGGGAAAAAUGGAAGAGCCCCUGAGCCGGCGGACGUCCACGUCGGGAGACAGUAACCUCUCGAGCCGCGACAUAAACUCCCCAACGGUGACCUCCCUGGACGACCGCCUCCUCGACAUUGCGUCGAAAGCCUCCCUCUCGAGCCUCCGCACACCGCCUACAAAAAAAGCAAAGCGAGUUCGUUUCUUCCGAAACGGUGACAAAUUCUACACAGGAGUGGUGAUGGCGGUGACCCCUGAGCGUUAUCGAAGCUUCGACAGUCUGGCGACCGACCUGACCCGUGCCCUGGUGUCCAGCGUGACCCUCCCCAGUGGUGUCCGCUGCAUCUACUCGAUGGACGGUCGCAAAGUCCAGAGCAUAACCGACCUCGAGGACGGCAAGUGCUACGUGGUAUCAGGCCAGGGUGAACUCUUCAAGAAGGUCGACUACUCCUCCUCCAAAGUCCGACGAGGAAGUUCACUCUCCGGUCUGCCACAGUCACCAGCUGGCACUGGCAGGCAGAUAAACGCCAUUCCAAGCUGCGUCAAGGCCAGAAUAAUAACACUAAUUCGUCACGGGACUAAACCCCGAAGAGUCCUGCGUCUGCUCCUCAACAAAAGAAAUGCUGCCAGUCUCGAGCACGUCCUGGAGGCCAUAACCGAGGUAGUUAAGCUCGAUUGUGGGGCUGUGAGGAGGGUCUACACACUCUCUGGGAAGCUUGUCAUCACUCUGGACCAGUUCUUCGAGAGCGAGGAGGUGUUCGUUGCCUAUGGCACCGAGAAGUCCACUCAGGAGGACUUCGAGCUCGACCCGGAGGAGUCGAAAUCCGUCCAGAGCUUCAGGAGGGGCCCCUCGGUGUCCAAGAGACAGGGGGGGCCCAUGCCAGUGAUGCCUAGGAAGACUGGCAAGAGGAACUUCAGCGCCCCUCAGGUGAGGACCCCCAGUCCAGCCUCGCUCAUGCUGCCUCAGCCCUUGAGGAUGCAUUACUCUGUGGGGCACGUCAUUGGGGACGGGAACUUCGCUGUUGUCAGACAUUGCGUGCAUAAACAGUCGGGGGCGGAGUACGCCAUGAAGAUUGUGGACAAGCACAAGUGCCAGGGGAAGGAGACCAUGCUGGCGAGCGAAGUGGCUAUUCUUCGACAAGUCUGUCAUCCUAAUAUCAUCAGUUUGAUUGGGGAGCAGGAGACCUCGGAUCAGCUUUUUCUGGUCAUGGAGCUUGUGAAGGGGGGCGAUCUGUUCGAUGCCAUUGCUGCUGUCACCAAGUUCACUGAGGCUGAGGCCAGUGUCAUGAUUGGGCAUUUGACCUCGGCACUGGCGUAUCUGCAUUCGCAUUAUAUUGUGCACAGGGAUGUCAAGCCCGAGAAUCUGCUGGUGGAGAUGGAGGGGAGCCAUGUUAGGUGUCUGAAGCUGGGGGACUUUGGGCUGGCGCAGGUGGUCAGGGAGCCAUUGUACACGGUGUGUGGGACACCCACGUAUGUCGCGCCUGAGAUUCUGGCGGAGACUGGGUAUGGACUCAAGAUUGAUGUAUGGGCAGCUGGAGUGAUACUCUACAUACUCCUGUGCGGAUUUCCCCCGUUCGUUUCUCUUGACAACGACCAGGAGGAAUUAUUCGAGAGGAUAUUGAGUGGACAGUAUGAGUUUACACCACCUUAUUGGGACCCCAUAUCUGAUUCUGCUAAGCAACUCAUCUCGAAUAUGCUGCAGGCACAGCCGGAGUUGAGAUUCAGUGCUGAGGAUGUGCUUGAUCAUCCAUGGCUCGUGAGCUUUCUAGGAGGCGAGCAAGCCCCAGGGAGAGGCAAAUCAUCCCUCGAAUCGUCGGAGCAACACUGGGAUAAGCAGUGUAAGCCGAUGAGAGUGGCGACAUUCGAGUUUGACUACAAGAAACAACGUUCCUCUAAAAAUGACGAAACACCUGAGAUCAAUACAACACCUAAGAGCAGGUGGUUCGAUGCCACGUUUACCACACCAUCAACCCCAAAGAGAGCCACCGACGAGACCGAUCACAUCAAUGGGAAUGGCAACGACGAGCCCAUAUCCCUGAGCUCCGAUUGCCUUCAGGACAUACGUGCAUUGACCUCAUCCCUCCACAAUCUCAUGGACAACAUGAACAUUACCAACGAUAUGUGCAAUAAAUCAUCAACAAUUGUCACGUCAAUAAACAGUAUUCCAGAGACUAAUUCAGCGAUGAAAAAUAACAAUGGCCAGUGCCAGAGUGAUAAAUCGUCAAAUUUACAUUCCAAUAAUCAGAGAAAUGGUAAUUCACUCUCUGAUAUUCAUUCCAGUAUAUCAACGACACCUGUACGUCGUAAUUAUCGCGGUAAUGAUACCCUUAAACCAGUGAAGUGCAAUAUUAGAGGUAGGGCACAGCGUAGGGAUUUAUACGAUACCAAUGGUGCAACUAAAAAUAUUAAGAGUACACUGAGACAAUCGUCGAUUGAUCGUUUGUCACUGUCCACAGAUUGUCUGAGUGCUGGUUCUGAUAAUAAUAUCGAAACAUCGGACAGUUUUGUUAAUAUACAAUUUGGUAAUGUCGGUAGGGAGCAGCACUUCAGCUCGAAUCAGAGUCUGGAGUUUUUAGAGAGCUUUGAGAAUGCUGGGUUUGAUAGGGGGAUUAGGAUUCCACAGUCUGGAGAAUCGAAAAUUCCAAAAACUCCGAGGUCUAAUGUUAGUCAAUUAACGAGACUGUCCCAAAUUCCUGUGCAAAUUAAUGGACAGAACUACUCGAGAGGACUUGAGAGAAAUGAGAAGAAGCCUGGGACGAAUGAAAGUGUUAAGUUGAGGGAGAAGAAGAGCGGUGGGAAUAGUGAGAAAGUUAGAAAACGAUUUAGUUAUGCUCCACAGUACUCCAAGAGACUUCAAGAACUCGAUAAUGGGAGGAUGAAUCGUACUGUUCCCAAUGGGAGAAAAUGCAGUUCCACUGAUGAAUUGAGAGAGGAUGAACAGAAGCCUGUGAAGAAUAAUAGAUACAGCUUGUAUUACACCCCACAACUUGCUAGAAAAACUUAUGAAAUGGAUAAUGGUGGGAAGAGCCCAGUGAAGACUAGUAGACCGAUUAGUUGGAAAAGUUCAGAGUAUAGGGAGGAAGGAGAAUCGAGUUUGAGUAAAAAUCGAAAUCGUAAAUCUGUCGAUGGAACAACUGUUGCCAGCAGAAGUAGAAAUAGCCGACAGUCGAUUCAUGUGAAGGCUGGUGUUGGAGGUAAUUUACCUAUUGGGAGAAGUAAGUGAGGAGUGGAUUGUGAACAGUCUGGUACUAUGGUAAAUGGAAAAAUAAUAACAUUGACUGCCAUUAAACGGCUUAGAAAAAUAGAAAAACUGUAUUAAAUUAUUGAAUUUUAUUCUCUUCUUUUCUUCCACUUUUGAAGGUAAAUUUGAUAAUUUUUUUUCAGUUGAAUCAAUUAAUUUGCAUUUUCUUUUCGAUCUCGACUGUGUGAUAAUAUCGAAGCAGUCGAGAAGUGGAGAAUUCUGGAAAUAAUUUCGUCAGUUUUUUCGACGUAUCCACUACUGAAAUCAUUGAAAUCAUUCUCUUCUGGUUCUAUUCGAAAUCUUAUGUCGAUCGAUAACACUAGGCAAUGUGCAGAUCGGUCUAUAGCAGAUGAUAAUAAACGUGGUUUAAGGGCAGAGGACGAAUUAUAUCGGUUACAGGGAAUGAUAAUGAAUGUUGAAUGUUGCUCAUGCAUUUAAUGUCAAGUGAUAAAAAUAGAUAUUUUUGUAUUCGCAGUUAACCAUUUAUCAAACUGAAAUAUCGACUCUUGAGAGGGGUUGAGGUACGAUCAAAUUUCAUAGAGUUGAAGAAUUCUACAACUUUACUGCACAUUUUAUUUCAUAAAAAAUGUCCGAUAGAAACAUUGAACAUUUUUGUUGAAGAUAAAAAUGUACAGAUGAACUGCUUCUAAUAGAAUAGAAAGUUCAAUAGAAUUUUCUAAAAAAUUCUUCUGUGAAAUUUUAUCGUACGUCUUGGUAUCGGUUGACGUCAGGAGCUGCGGAAAAAGGGCUAGACAUAAUUCGUAUAUUUAUUUUUGUAGAGAUGAGAGAUGACUCGAAAUUGUCAAGUGUUUUCGUCCUCUGUUGUCUGUCCAAAUUGUCGUGAAACACGUCUUUUGUUGCAUUAAUGUUUUUAUACCGCCUACAAUUACCUUCUCAUAACUGUUGUAAAUAUAUUCAAUCAAGUCGCUGUAAGUUGUAGAUAAAUUCGGAUUAAUUUGAGAUUAACCAGUGGAAAUAGGCGAAUUUACGUACUUUUUUCAAGGAAUUAAUUAGAUUAGUUGAGGAUUGGACGCGUGGCAUUUGUUGUAGGUUUUUUUUCUGUAGUUUUUUAAAUAAGUGAUUCACGCCAAAUAUUAAUGAACAAGGGAGGAUGUAUUUAUAACGUAUUAUUAUUGUAAUUAUGAUUGUAUGAGUAUACUUAAUUAUUAAUAAACAUUUAUAUUCGCUGA